GGAAUUUAUGCUCGAGAUCUAUCUAUGUACUAUAAAUGUAAACAAGUAUUAAAUCUUUUGUUUGAAUUACUUGAGUUACUUAGAUAGAUUGUUCUUUUCAUUUUACACGAGCAACUAAGAUGAAACGUUCUUGAUCAAAUUCCACUGCUGUGUUUGUGCUUGUAUGUUGGAAACUCUUGGGAAUAGGAUAUUCAGAUGGUAACUCUGUCCAUAUUACAAAACAGAGACCAACAGAGAAGUUCUCUUACUCUAGCAUCUCACGAUGUCGACGACAUUCAUCCGCCCAGCGUAUAACGUAUAGUGACCAUACGGCAUACGGAUCGGACUUUGUGCAUACAGUGGAUAUAAAAUAUAUCCCGGUCAUGGUAAAACCAUGGUAAAAGUGGAUGGAAAAACAUUCACUUUCUUGAAUUCAAAAUGUGAAUCUGCACAUUUAAUGAGGCGUAAUCCAAGAAAAGUCACGUGGACUGUAUUAUAUAGACGAAAACAUAAAAAAGGACAAGAAGAAGAACAAGCAAAAAAAAGAACAAGACGUACUCAAAAAUUCCAACGUGCUAUUGUAGGUGCAUCUCUUACAGAUAUUUUAGCAAAACGUAAUAUGAAACCAGAAAUUCGUAAAGCACAGAGAGAACAAGCGAUUAAAGCUGCAAAGGAACAAAAGAAAGCUGCAAAAGCAACAAAGAAAGCAGUUGUACCUCCUAAAACAAAGGCUAUUCCAAAACAUAAAGCUGCAAAAAUAACACAAAAAUCAGCUCCACGUGUUGGAGGAAAACGUUAAAUUUUAGCAUUGUAUAAAUAAAAAGAUACUUUAUAUUUAAAUAA